AUGAAGUCAUUCCUGUUCCUAAUUCCCCUUGUCCACGCUGGAGAAGUCGUCUGGGACGGCUUCUUCAACUCCUCCUUCACUGUCGAUCAGCUCGACCAAUGUAAGACUGAUGCUUCCGCUAUCUCCACAGCAAACGCUAAUGUGUAUUUAGGGUCCUGGUCUAACCAAGUCGGCCCGUACCAAUGGUACAUCCACGGUUCCGAGGCCACCACAAACUACCUUGAACUUAGCGCCGACUUCAAGAACCCGGCCGACGAGAGCGAUGAGAAGGGCAUCCGCAUCAUUCUAAAGGAUGAUACCUCCUCCUGGAAUGGCCAAACCAUGAUGCGCUCUGAGCUCAUCCCUCAGACCGACGCCGAUCUCGGCUCUGGAACCCUGUUCUACCAUUUCUCGCUGCAAACCAAGGAGGAAAAUGCCCCCACUGCGGCUCUUGAGCAUCAGAUUGCUUUCUUCGAGAGCCACUUCACCGAGCUCAAGUACGGCGGUGACGAGAAGACUCUCCGCUGGCUGGCUGACGGCAAGUCACAGUGGUCCACUGACCUCGUGGCUGGCACAUGGUACAACUUCGCCUACGAGAUUGACUUCUCGGCGAAGACAGUUGGUCUUUGGACUUCGACCGGAGCGGAGGCCCUGACGAAGGUUGUGGAGCCUGUCAGUGCGGCCACGCAGACCGAUUCGAAGGAUUGGCACGUUGGUGAGCUGCGUCUGGAUAACGGACAGAAGGGAGGAAAGGAGGAUUGGUUCUGGUCUGGUGUCUACAUCGAGAAGGGAGAGAUCACCGCCGCCAUUGCUGGCCCCGCUGCUUAA